UCGGCAUUUACGUUUAUUACGCGCGCGUGCGGUAAAGUUGAUAUUUUGUUGAAUUGAAACGAUGUUUACUUCGCAAUAUUAUUUUCGGAUUGGUGUUUUGAUUUUAAUGUAACAAUUAUUUUACGUGGCACAAUUUUUUUCAAGUAAAAAUGCUAAGAUUACUACUUGUUAGUGUUAGGCGUUUGUCCUUAAGCUUAAGCUUAAGAACCCUAUAGUUUAUAAAACGUGUUUUGGUGUUGUAUAGUGUGCGUCUCAAACUUUAAAGGGAUUAAUUAAUAUUACUUUAUUUUUGGAUUAAUUAUUAUAAACAAAUAUUUUUAUGAUAAAAUUUUUGAAAGAACUUAAACCGUCACGAUGAAUUGGCUCUGGCUGCUACUGACUGGAUUAACUCUGAUAUCUUUCGCGAGUAGUGCCGAUCUAUCUCUAUCAGAUCGAUGUUUGAUAGAUUUGCCUGAUGUAAAUCCUAAAAAAUACUUCCACAUCCUGGGCAAAUCGCUGGAAAUCAAAAUCGAAACUUCUCACAGAGUCACGCAUCAGCUGAGCACUUGGGUGUUUUACUAUUUCAUCAAGGAAGUUUUGGGCUAUACGAAAAUUAAAAUUAUCUAUCGGCCGGAUAAUUUCGAGGUUCAAGACGUUAUCAAAAGACUGACCGACUUGAAUUCAGAUAUUGCCAAGUCGACGAUAAACCUCGAAGUUUGGAUACCGCCAGAUUACGAUACCUACGUCACGGAUUUCGUAAAAGAAUGCGGAAGCCUUUCGCCGCCCGGCCGAUUCGGCUGGUUCAUACCGAUCGACCUGACCUACCCGAUCAAAAACUAUUACAAUCCAGAUAACAGGCCCGAUAUCAAGUCCAUACACUGGAGGCAUUUUAGAGAACCGAAAAUCGUGCGGUAUUUCGAGAUGAAGCAGAGCGUUUUGAAUGAUAUUGAGCAACGGCGGUUUAACAGGAAUAAUUUCACUGGAGGGUACGAGUGUCCGAACGCAAACUGCACUAGAAGUAUGUUCACGCCGGAGCAAUGCCAAAACGGAGAGUACUGCGCAGUACUGGUCACCUCGGAAUGGAACGCAAUGAAAUUCGUGCUGACGCACAUCCGCGAGAAUCGCCUGCUGGUCAAAGUACUUUUUUUGGGCGACAAUUUAGCAGCUGCCGUUAAGUACCUCGAGUACGUUUACCGGGGCAGGACUGAUCAAAGUUUGGUGAUUCUAAGUUGGACACCGAGCGACAUAAUCCUAUACGAACGCAACUUCGUCACCGUUUCCUUCGAAAACUGCGAAAGACUGAACUUCACUCAGGUAACCAACGUGGGCUACAAAUACGAAAUGCACAGGUUGGUCAAAGUGGCUUGGAGCAAAGUGGAAAAGUUCGCUAAACCGCUCUACGACUCGCUGAGGAGUUUCAAGUUCGAGGUAACCGAAUACGAACAUUUGCUGUCGCUCUAUCAGCAAAACAGCAACAUGACUUACAAGGAUAUCGCUUGUAAAUGGAUGAAGUAUAAUAACGACACUUGGCAGAAGUGGAAGAAGAGUACUGAGAGUAUUAUUUAUAUUGGUGGUAUAUUUCCUAUGUCCAGUUCCUCAUACAACGGUCAAGGUAUAGCAACAGCAGCCCGUAUGGCUCGCAAUGCCAUAAACAAAAACACCACCGUUCUAGCCAACUAUAGAUUGAACAUUAUCCUGACAGACGGUAUGUGCAGAGCCGACAACGUAAUGAAAAACUUCAUCGAUUUCAUCGUCGAUCAGAACUACUAUACAAACUUGGUGGGAGUGCUAGGACCCGCUUGUUCGGAUACCGUUGAACCUUUAGCCGGAGUUUCGAGGCAUUAUCACAUCAUGGUGAUAUCUUACAGUGCCGAAGGUUCCAGUUUUUCUAAUAGGGGAAAGUAUCCGUACUUUUUUCGAACUAUUGGAGAAAAUCAACACUACAAACAUGUUUAUCUGGAGCUUUUCAAAGGAUUCGGGUGGAUGCAAGUGGCGGCUUUGACCGAGGACGGUCAAAAAUAUACCGAGUAUAUUUCGUUGAUGCAAAACGAAUUGGAACAGAAUCAGAUCAAGUUUUUGGCCAAUAAAAAGUUUCCUAGAGAGAGGGAGACUGAAUCUAUGACUAGGUAUUUGGAGGACCUCAAAGAAAAAAACGCACGUAUUAUAAUAGCGGAUGUAGUGGACGAAAUAGCCAGGCAAGUGAUGUGCGAAGCUUACAAGUUGAAGAUGACUUCGGCUGAGGGAUACGUCUGGUUUUUGCCUAUGUGGCUCAACAAAGACUGGUACAACACUACUUAUUUUAAUACUGAGAAAAAUGAGGCUGUGAAUUGUACUACUGCUGAAAUGAUACAGGCAAUCACAGGUUACUUAUCGAUGACCCACGCCUACUACGCUCCCGACAACCAAACGAUGCAAGAAAACAAAACGGUCGGAGAAUGGAAAGAGGAAUACAAAAACACUUCCAUAGCUACCACUUCGGAUUAUGCCGGUUUCGCCUACGACGCUGUCUGGGUGUACGCUCUAGCACUUGACAAUCUUUCAAAGACUGAUCCUGAAGCCUUAUCCGAUAUCCAUUCGGAAAACACAACUAACAAAUUGGUAAAGCUAAUCGAACAAACCGACUUCUAUGGAGUCUCAGGCAGAAUUAAGUUCAGAGGAGGCCCGUCCAGAUUUUCCAUUAUCAACGUGUUGGAAUGGUACGACAACAAAAUGCACUUGAUCGGAGAAUUUUAUCCCAACCUUACCGACAACAAGCCGGAAAUUUUAGGCGGACAAUUGAUCCUGUAUCGGGAUAAUAUUAAAUGGUUCACACCAGAUGGCUCUAUACCAAAAGAUGGUCGUCAACCACCCCCUGAAUGCGCAAUAGAAAGCCUAGCGAGAGCCCUCAAUGUUGAAUGCCAAACUGCCGUAAUAAUCCUAAACGUAAUGGUCGCAAUAUUUUUAGGCAUGACUGUGAUGGGCGUGUGUCUCUAUCUAAAAAUCAAGUACGACAAAAAAGUCAAAGUCCAAAAAGCUUAUAUGGAAAAGUUGGGGUUGCGGUACGAGCGCAAAUACCCAACAGAUCUUGAAGAAUUUGAGGUGCCCAGAGGAGACAUGGAGGUGACACGUCGUUUAGGGGAAGGAGCUUUUGGUACAGUAUUCGGUGGUGAAGCCGAGUGUCGUGACGGUUGGUCACCUGUCGCUAUUAAAACCCUUAAAGCCAAUUCAUCUACUGAAGAUAAAAUCGAUUUUCUUACGGAGGCUGAUAAUAUGAAGAGAUUUGAUCAUAAAAACAUCAUCAAACUCUUAGGAGUUAUUACUAAAACAGCCCCAUUGUCUACCUUAAUGGAAUAUUGCCUUUACGGAGACUUAAAAAACUACUUACUAGCCCGUAGACAUUUGGCAAAAAAAGGGGUUGAAGGCUCAGAAGAUGUCUCUCCAAAACGACUAACAAAUAUGGCUCUGGACAUUGCAAGAGGGCUGAGUUACUUGGCCGACAUGAAAUACGUGCACCGUGAUUUGGCUUGCAGAAAUUGUCUGGUGAACGCUCAAAAAAUCGUGAAAAUUGGUGACUUUGGUAUGACUAGACCCAUGAACGACUACGAGUGUUACAGGUUCACGCGUAAAGGCAUGUUACCAGUUCGGUGGAUGGCGCCGGAAAGUUUAAUUUCAGGCGUGUUCAGUUCGGCGUCGGACGUUUGGAGUUACGGUGUCGUUCUCUACGAAAUUGUUACUUUUGGUUGUACGCCUUGGUACGGGAAAGCUAACAUGGAGGUGGUCGAGAUGGUAAAGGACGGAGCUUGUUUGGAGGUUCCUAAAGGAGUCAAACCACAAUUGGAAGGCCUGAUGAAAUCCACGUGGCAACGCGACCCCAAAAGCCGCCCAACUGCCUCGAGCAUAGUCGAGUACAUCGCAAACGUUCCUAAACUGCUCAACCCUUGCAAAAACGUGCCGCUGCAAUCCAUAAAACUGGACGGUGAGGAAUUGGAUCCGACCCAGGACAACCCGGAAAAACCCGAGAAAAACGGCCGCAAUGGUAGCAGGUCGGACAUGCGCAAAAGUUCCACAAACAGCAACUUCAGCUCGCCGAAAAUUUUGUAUAUACCGAACAGGGCUGCAUCUGCACCACUCACCUGUGAGGACGGCGAAACGUCGUCCAUCCUCAUGGACGGUGAAGAAUCUGUAAGUAUACAAUUAGAGAAUUACUGUCCGAGAGCGCCCUUACUAGGGACCAGUCGGUCGACAAAUAGUCUAAUCAAUUUUGGGAAGUUCAACAUGCAAAGCAAUAACAGGAGGGACUCGGGAUGUCAGGCCGAGGACGAAGGAUUUAGUGGCGGAGGCGGCAACGGCGGCAGCCCCGCCAACGGUUAUAUCAGUAAUAGUAAGUUGUAAUAAUAAUAAUAAGAUAAUUUUAAAUCCUGGAGGUCGGAGUGAUUGAUAAAUGUGUGAUUUUUCUUGCAUAGACAUUUUAGUUGUUGAUGUUUUAAUGUAAUAGUUUCAAUGCAGCAUUAUCGUUUAACAGCUAAAUUAAAAAUGUCAAAACACAAUAGACUGAAUAACUUAUAAGCCUCGUAAAAUAUAUAGUUACUCCGGCCUUUGGGAACCCCCCCUUAUUUGGGCCUGUAAAGGCCCAAUAAACACAAUAUGGAGACUGAACAAAAAAUGAAAACCCACUGAAAUAAUAUACCCUCUUGAAAAAUAAUCUAUAUUUUUGACUAUAAAUAGUUUGUAUUUUUAUAUAGCGCAAUUAGUUGUUGAAAAUUUUAUUCAACAAUUUUCUUGAAUAAGGUUUUUGCAAAGUAUCGGACAUCACGUUUGUAUAUUUCGUUUUAUGAUAAUUUAGUAGUGCAUUUUAACACUUUUAUUAUGUAUAUGUGUAUAUUUGUUUUUGUUAUAAUUAUCCAAUGCAAUAUUAAUGUGUACAUAUUAGGUAAUUCUCUAUCGCGGUGCAUAAUCUGAGCUUGUCAUUACGCAGCGGUAGGUUUUGAAAGUAAAGAGCAACUGUAUAAUUGACUGGGAAGUGUAUGUAAAUAUAAUUAAAUUUUAUUUAUUUUUUGAUUAUAGAGGGUGUUGAAGAUUUGAUGGAUAAAGGCUUUGAAUUAUGACAAAGGGUAAUUAAUGUUAUUUUUGGAUAUGAGUGAUUUUUCUUGGACCAUGCCAAGUUCCACUGACUUGAUUUUCCAUAAGAAAAAAUCGUACGGGGUUAGGUCUGGUAAGCUUACAGGCUGUAGUAAUGCAAAUACCUCAGAAAUAAUACUUUAAUCGGCAAAAUCAAGCAUAAGAUUAACUUGAUGACACACAAAUACAGGUGGACAUUUAGAGCUCUUUCAAGUUUCAUCAGUUGGUAUUGGCAGAUGCUGUAGAGGUUCAAGUCUUGCAUGAUCAUCAGGUUUAAGUGUUCUGUUUCCUAUAAGAUACAGUAAUUACAAUCAAUUAUUUACGCGCCAAAAUUUAAAUACCUCCAAGUACAGAAGCGCCCUCUUCAACUCAACUGUCAAUAUUAAAUGCCAUUCAUUUGAAUGGUAACUCUGCUCAUGUUUUGUUAUUUGUCUACUAUAGAACCCAACCUGUUCCAAAUUUCCAUCUCCUUACCAUUGCAGCAAAAUACCUCCAAGGCCUCGACUGGAAGCGUCUAUAUGGAGUUCACUCUGUAACUGUGCGGGUUGUAAAUAGCUAGAAUAGGUCGUUUUGUUAAAUGGUCUUUGACAAGUUGGAAAGAUUGUUGUUGUUCUGCUUCCCAUGUAAAAGCCUCAUUUUUCCUUGUUAACGUUGUUAAUGGGCGAGCUACUUAGGCAAAGUUUUUCACAUAUUUCCUAAAAUAGCUUGCGAGUCCUAUAAAUUGGCUUACUUCAUGGACAUUUCUUGGAGUUGGAAACUGUUCCACUGCAUUAGUUUUCUCUGACCCAGCACGAAUUCACUCUGCACUCAUUUCAUGCCCCAAAUAAUCAAUUUCGUUUUUAUAAAAAUGACAUUUAUUCAACUCGAAUGUUCCUGCAAAAAUUCUAAAUGCUUCAAAGAUUUCUUUUAAUGCUUCUAAGCCAGAAUCAAAAUUAAAACUUGGCAGGAGAAUGUCGUCAAGAUAAGCUAAUGCAGUUGUAAUGAUUAAUAGUUCCUAGAAUCUGGUUAAUCAUUUUAUGGAAAACGUCAGGAGCAUUUACCAAUCCGAAUGGCAUACGCAAAUAUUCGUACUGCCCUUCUGGAGUAACGAACGGUGUUUUCUGUUGUGACUUUUCAGAUAUGGGAAUUUAGUGAUACCCACUGGCCAUGUCGAGAGAAAUGACGUAGGUACCUGGUAUUUGAGAGCAUUUUUAAAUGAUCAUCGGGUCUUCCCAUGGGCUAACAGUCUUUAAUAUAUUUCGAGCUCAUAGUUCUGGCAAUCACUGUAACCUAAUGGGUCAUUAGGUACACAAGGAGUUGCUCUGGAAACUAACUGUUUCUCGUUGAAACUUAUCGUCUCUUCAGACAAAUUAAAAAUUUUGCAGUAGCACAGAAUCAGUGGAAGUAAUACAUCUCGGAAUGCUAUAUUCAUCCUGUGCUUUGAAGCACUGACGUAGGUCUACAAACAUUUCACCCUUAUAGUCUCUACUUGAACGGCAGCUAAGUAUGCCAAUGUGGUGUGGUGUUAGUGGUACUUUGGUGGCUUUCUUGCAAACUAACUCAACGGUUGUCGUAGGUAGUUCGUCAACCUCAGGUAGGGAAGCCAUUUCAGUACUAAACAUUCUUAGUUCUCCAUCUCGCAUCACGAGCACGGCCCUGGUUUAUGUUCUAUUUUUCUUGAGCAUGAAUUCUUUUGUGGUCUUGUAGGUAUAUUUCCUACGUUUACGGGUGACCUGGACCUGGAUAGUUUUUCGUGUAUUUCUCUGCAAUAUUGUUCCUGUAACUGAGCUGCUCAAUCACAUAUUAACACAGAUAGACAACACAGUGAACAAAAUUUUGUGUCGCCAACAUCUAGGAGAGCAAUCCACCAUCGGUGUAUCCCCUCCAAUUUGAUUGCAAAAUUCUUAGGGAUUGAUAUUUUAUCCUGAUGACUUUGCUUCAAAAAAUUGGAGAAUCAAAACUAAAAACGACUACUGGCAACGUCGUUUUGUAAAACAGGCGGAACACACGCUGCAACUGAUUGGCAUGUCGACGCAUCCAUCCAUUGAACUUAUAUCAUCAUAUGAGUUGCACCCGUGACAUUUCUUCAUUAUGUUGGUCAAGUGAAUGAUGGGUUCAGAGGGUAAAGCGGGUGUUGCUUACACCACUGAUGCAUCCCUACCAUGACCUCCCUCGAGCAGCUCACCUCUCCUGGCUCAUGAGGGGUCUUGCCAUCGCAAUAAACUUCAUUUUAUGAAUGAAAUGCGGUGUCUAUCUGUGCUUGCUAAGGUAUCAUUGGAGCUGCCAAAACCCAUUCAUUUUCUAUGACGUUGACAGUUAGCAUCUGGGCGUCUGUAGAGUCCAUCAUUCGCGUUAGCAGGAUUGCGACUUGGCGCAUCUACGUGACUCAUCUUUGUUCCUGGUCUAUACUCAAUGGUAAAAUCAAACCCUUGCGUACUCAACCACCAUUUGCCAAUACGAGGGAUCAAAUUUCGCUUGGUUAGCGUCGUUCUUAAAGCAUUACAAUCCAAUGCCAACAAGAUAAACCCUGAACUUUUUUAAUGAACAUACAACAGCUAAAAGUUUCUAGUUCAUACGAGUGGUAGACCUGUUCUUCUUUUGUCGUUACCUAAAUGCUAAGAUACUGGACUGGUUUAAGUUGCCCAUCGCUCUGUUUUUGAAGUAGAAUACCUCCUAUUCCCCAUUUUCUGACGUCCGUAUGCAUUCGGUGACAGCAUCUCUAUCAUAGAUGGCUAAGGUUGGGCGUGUUGUCAGUUUUUGUUUUAGUUCAUCGAAGUUGUUCAUCGUUCCAGACAAACACAGAGUUUUUCUGGUGAGAUUGGUUAAAGGUUUUGCGAUAAAUGCAAAUUCCUUCACGUAAAAAUUGUCUUACUGAGUGAACACCUCCAGGAGCUGGAAAGUUCGCGACAGCUUAUUCUAUUUUCUCUUUGCCAGGUUUAACGCCUUCUUGGGAAAUUUCGUGACCUAAAUAACUAAUUUUUGACCUUAAAUACCCACACUUAUCGAAUCGUAAUGUUAUACCUGCAUCUUGUAUCAAUGCUAGUACGUUUUCUAAUUGUACAAGCCCGCUCUCAACGUCUUGAGAUGGUAUCAGAAUAUCAUCAAGAUAUGCUAUGCCAUAGCGGUAGUAUACCUAAAAGAGCCCAAAAUGUUAUGAGUUGUCCGUUGGAAAACUGCGGGAACGUUUACUAAACCGAAUGGCUUCGCCAAAUACUCAUAAUGUCCAUCUGGCGUUACAAAUGCGGGCGUAAAGUUUUGCAACCCGUUAAUUUAUCUAAAAGGUCGUCAAUUCGUGGCAAUGGGUAUUUUUCUUUAAUCGUUUUUCUGUUCAACGCUCGAUAGUCGACGCACAUACGCGUUUCUCCGUUCUUUUUACACAUUAAUAAUAUGGGGCUGGUGUAUGGCGAGGAUGAUUCACGAACUAUAUUAUUAUCGAUCAAAUCAUCAACUAUGAUAAUAUAAUGAUAAUAUGUAUGGUUUAUAUGUAACAGGUUUAUCAUCAGUUAAAUGAAUUGAUAUUUUGGCCAGAACCGUUCUUCCAGACUUCGCUUAAGCUAGUAGCAAAACAACCCGCAUACUUAUUUAAAUCGGAAAGAGUAAAACUAGAAAACGAACUUUGAUUUAUUGAGAGACACUCAAGGUACUUUUCGUUUUCUGCGGUAGGUACAUGUAAUAGCCCUAGCCACUAGACGACCUUUUUCAUAACAAACUUCGUUUUCUGAAAUAUUAAGGAUUAGCAAAACUCCCUCUUUGGUGGCGUUGGUGACACAUCGAGGGAUUAGGUGAUACUUAUUAUAUGCUGUAAAUCAAUGAAAACAUCAUUACAUUGCUCUGUUGUAGAAAUUGGCAUAUGGGCUAUAUGGUGUGGAGACAUUACUAUAGCUUCUUUGUCCCAAAGAGUAACUUUCCGCAGUGGUAGAGAGUCAAUUUCUUGUAGUGGUUCUUUGUCUACAUCAAAUAAUCGAAUUUAGUAGUGUAAGUUGCAGGUUCUAGAUCCUAACCAAUCACAAUGCAGCAUUGUGUACCAGCGCGAGGUGAAUGGUGACGGUCGUGUGACGCGAACCGCGUGUGGCGUCGCGCAGCCGGCUGGCGGUAGGGAAAGGUUUUUGGGUGUCGAUGGACGAAGGAUCAGUCGAUGGAUAUUGAUGCAGACGCCAGUCAGGAAUGUAUUUUAUUGAAUAAGGAUAUUUAAUAAAAAAUUGGAUUUUUCGUAAAGGUUAAGGUUUUGUGGAUCAAAUAAAACCAAAAAUAUUUAGAGGUUACUUUCUUCAAAUCAGUAUUAUUUUAAAAAUUUGUUAUUCUUAUCUAGUCUAGAAUCAUAAUAAGAUUUGAUAUUUUCAUGCCAUUCUCAAAAUCUGAGGCAAAAGUUCAUUAAAACCUAAAAUUCGAAAUUCUAGUAUAGUUAGAUGUCAGCCUUAAAUUUGGGGUUGGCCCGGGUCAAAUACCCGAAAUUUCAGAUCAAAGGCGCCGCAGAUUCAGAGAUUUUCCCACGGUAUCGAAAAAAUUCCCAGGCUCAGGUGCCCCCCGUUACCAUCAAUUUGGGAGUUUGUCAGAGUAUUUAUUUUUACUGCGACACACAAGAUGAACACUCCUCAACUUUAACAAUUUUUUCCUAGUUCUCAUCACAUUUAACACAAUACAAUAUGAUGAGUGUAAUCUGGUUCAUCAUACAGUAGCUUUUUUGUAUAUGGAGACCUUUUCAAGACGAUCAAGUGGAUAAAUUCUUUGGCCACAGUCUAAACAUAGCUCAAUUAUUCCUUCCCGAUACCCUUCAUACGUUAAACCCUCUUCGUUAUUUGGACAUCUUUAAGAGUUUUCAUGCAUUUCUCAAAAUCUGAGGCACAAGUACACUAAAACCUAAAAUUCGAAAUUCUAGUAGGUACAGGUAGUUAGAUGUCAAACACUUAUUUUUCAUUAGGCUCAAACAGAAAGUGAAAAAUCAAUUUGGGAGUUAGUCAGAACAUUUAUUUCUACUGCCGACACACAAGAUGAACACUCCUCAACUUUAACAAUUUUUUCCAAAUUUUCGUCACAUUUAACGCAAUACAAUUCGUGAGUGUGAUCUGGCUCAUCAAGCAGUAGCCUUUUGUGUAUGGAGACAUUUUCAAGACGAUCAAGUGGAUAAAUUCUUUGGCCACAGUCUAAACAUAGCUCAACUAUUCCGCCCCGAUACCCUUCGUUAUUUGGACAUCUUUCGGAGAAAUAAUUUUCAUAGGUUCUGACAAAAAUCAACAUAGUUGGUUAUGCGGCAUAAAUCUCUCUGCAAUGUAAAAUAUUAUAUUAGUCACGGCUACUAGUUAAAUAACCAAAUAUACAGUUUAUAUUUAGUUAGUUCAGUUAAUCAUCAAAUUGUUGCCAUCUAAAACAUAAAAGUAAUGAAAAUGAAUGAACGUUUGUCUUCGUUAGUCUGUAAAAAUGGAACUAACAGCAACUCUACCACAAUAGGAAAUAAUGGUGUAGCCUCGAAACCUGCUGAUUACUUAGUCUAUAUUUGCGUAAUAACUGUUUCUGUAAUUUUUGGAAUUUAGAUGUCCAAAUUGAUCUAUGAUAUAGGAAAAAAACAAUGUACUUCAAAAUUUAUUAAAUAAGAAUUUAUCGGUGAAAAGCUGUUUUAUUUGGAAUUUUGAGAACAUUAGAAAACGACCAAAUCAAAUUAUGAUUCUGAUUAUAAUUUUUCAAUGAAGUUCACCACUAAAUAUCUGUGUCAGAUCCCAAAAACCUUUCUCUUACCGCCGCCAGCGCGACGCCACACGCGGGUCGCGUCACACGACUGUCACGGUUCACCUCGCACCGGUGCAUCGCGAAAAAAAAACAAGCGUCU